CAGAAAGCCGCGAAGUAUCUGUCCAACUCCUGAGGUAACGACUUUCACUUUAUCCUCUUAUUCAGCUUGGGAACUUUAAUAUCGGUGAUACUCUAGAGACAAAAAAAAAAGUUCUUCCAUCUUCCCAGGUGAAUGUUUUCCAUGAGUCUGUAAAGUCCUGGAACAUAACCGUUCUGUUGGCCUGCCUUUGGUUUAUGUGCGCCGGCGAAUCAGCUGAAGAAUGGAGUGGUACGUCCUGGUGUUGAUGCUGAGCCUGCCGCCCUCCGUGCACACGGACUGCUCGUCACAGUGCCAGAGAUGCGCCGAACAAAUGCUGCGCCCCGAGGCCGCUCUCAGCAGUCUGUCGUGCAGCGCGGAGUGUGACGAGGAGGAGCUGGAGAGCUGCGCUCCGGCUCCGCGGCUGGCCGACUUCACCGAGGACCAGGGGGCGGAGGCGGAGGAGAGCCAGCAGGCGGAGCUGGUCAAGCGCUACGGCGGCUUCAUCAAGAGGAUCGACAAGAACAAGAACAAAGUGUUCGCCUCCUCCCCGUGGCGCGACAACUCCGUCCUGAAGGCCGCGGCUCUGCCCGGGAACUACGAGGAGCUUCUGAAGCGCCUGGAGGUGAGAGGCGCGCCCGACGCGCCGGAGCCCAUCCCGCACACUUACGUGAAGCGCUACGGAGGCUUUUUACGCAAAUUCGGCCCCAAAUCAAAAAGGAGGAUCUCUGCGGAGGAGGAAGGCCAGGAGCCCGAGGAGCUCCAGAAGCGCUACGGGGGCUUCAUGCGGAGGGUCCGGCCGAAACUCAAUAACUUGAAAUGGGACAAACGCUACGGAGGCUACCUGCGGCGCCACUUCAAGUUCUCCGUCCGCUCUGCGGAGGAGCCCUACUCUUCCUCCUCCUCCUCCUCUGCGGAGCUCAACCUAUAGGGGCCCGCAGGAAGAACUCACACCGGUGACUUGUCAGAAAUCGUUUCCUGCUCAUUCCUGUCUGAUUCCACUCAUCUGUCACCAUCUGUUGGUCAAUAAACCAUGUCUGUUUAUAAGGGUCCUGUUUAGGCCGGUUCCGUCCCUGCUUGUCCCAGUUCGUCAUAGCGCAGUUCCGAUGGAGCGGUUCUCCCUCCAGACUUCCUGGAAGUUUGGCCAAGAUGAGAACACGAUCAGAGGAAAUAGAUAGAACAGCCAGAGUUUAGGUCCAUCUGGCACCGGUGAGCAUCCGAACGGAUCAUGUAUGUAUUUAUUUGUUCUGAAAUUAAACUCUUCAAAUACAAUAACUGGGGAAAUUUGAUGUGGUGCCAAAUAAAAUAAAAUAAAUAAAAAAAACUUCAACAUUUUUAAGGAAUUCUUCUAGUCCACGCAAUUUACCUUAAUGAAGAAUUUCUCCUGUAAUUUCAGAUUUUUAAAAAAAAUCAAUCAAUUGAACAUCUUAUACGUCAUAUCAUAAAGGUGAAACAUUUGUAUUCUUUUUACCAAGCAGAGUUCUUGCGCCCCCUCGCGGGGAAACAGCGAAACGUUUUGCUCCAUCUCGGACAACCCGGAGCAGGUUACCAUGGCUACGCCAGAUGAACGAAAUCACGGAAGUGUUUCUGACUCCUGUAACUGUUUGCCAAAAUGCUUUAAACUAUGUUCAAGGCUUCCAGCUGACAAAAAGUUGUAAAAAAGUAAUAAAGUAACAGAAGAUAACGAAACAAUUUUUUUGUUCCUCUCAGUCUCUUUGUGUGCGUCUUACAGAUGUGAACGUGGGAAAGAUCUACAGUAGAAUUACAAUUUUUAUUUUUAUUUUUUACUUUUGGUCUGGAGACAGUAUUUAAGGGUGGAGUGGAGGAGGAUGCAAUAAAUGUUUCCCAUAAAAUAUUA